AUGUCGACUGCUAAAUCCAUCAAUCAGUCCAAUAAAACCAGUGUCCCUCAUGAAAAUCGCACUUCGGCGGAACCCCGUCAGAGCACCCUAUAUCCCGUCCGCCUAUCGCAUAUAGAACAAAUCAAUCCGACGAUUCGGCUCCUUCAAUUUGCAAUACCAUCACGGGUCGAUGGCCGGUCAAAUACUUCAAACCAUUCAUCACCAAUUCCGCCAAAAGCCUUCACUUUCCUCCCCGGUCAAUGGCUAGACGUCCAUAUUCCCUCGCUUCGGGAUGCAGGCGGCUUCACAAUCACUUCCACGCCACUGGAAGCGAGCCCAGAGUCCUCCGACUACCCGUAUAUUGAACUUGCUGUGCAAGACGCGCCCGGAAAUCCUGCUGCAGCAUGGCUCUGGCGGCCUGAAAGCGAAAUCCUUGGCGCGGAGGUACAGGUCAGGGUCGGCGGAUCAUUCGUUUGGCCGCCGUCCGCUGCAGGGGGUGGAAUCCCGCUGGCGGAGAUUCGGAAAGUCAUCUUUGUGGCGGGCGGAGUGGGAAUCAAGAUUCAUCUCCUCUACUCUACAAAACUUCCCCCACCGAUGAAAAAUCAAAACCGAGAAAAUCAGAUACUAUUUCUUCCGCGUCUUCUUGAAAUAGUCCACUCAGAGACACGAGGGCACCCCCAGCAAGACAAACCAAAAUCAACUUUUCAGCCGCUGGACGUGAGACUAUACCUGACAAAUCUCUCCGCCCAGGGAACCUGUACCAGCGAAUUAUUGGCUGAGUCUCAUCAUGGCAUAUCCAUCUAUGACCGCCGAAUCACCGCUACUGAUUUGCAGCAUCUUAUCGGUAGCGACAGCGAUGAGCGGGUAAGGACAGUAUGCAAUGUUUGUGGGCCGCCACAAAUGACGGACGAGUUUGUAGACGUGCUCAAGCACAUUGUUGGAGAUGAUAGGGUGUUUUACGAGAAGUGGUGGUGA